UAUCCGGACGGAUCUUACAACAAACAGAUGAAUUGUUCAGAUUGAUUUGACCCUGGAACCUCGGAGCUCCGAAAUAAUACGAGUAACAAUACGAUUCACGAAAUUGUGUUUUUAGUCAACAUAAGCAUAGUAUAUACGAGUAAUGAAGAGCGGAUGAUGGUCCAAAGGAUAUCAAUAUGAAAGAGGUUUUCCCAGGGGACGUGAAUGGAUAUGGACGAUCCUUGGGGCUCACCGUGGGCCGACGAAUUGAACAAUGAUGAUGGUUUGGGUAUUCGAAGCACUGAUGAGGCAGCAGUUGGAAAUCGGGUUGCGAAGGCAAGUGAAGCUUUAAGGAACAACAUCAAUACGAGCUGGGGAACUUCGGACGACGGGUUUGGUGAUUGGAAAGACGAUAGGGGGAAAAGGAAAGGGGGUUUGGGUUUGGGUUUGGAUGGCGCGGAAGAACAAUGGAUUACACCGAAACGUGGAAUGGGGUUGGAGGUAAGGAAGGAUGAUUCUGGAGCGUUAUCACCGGCUUGGGACAAUUUUUCUACGAGUCCUGCGCCUGAAGUACCGAAACUAUCGCCGAGUCUCAUUGCGAAGCCUGCAGCAAUUGCCCGAGAACCCUCUCCGGAUCCGUGGGCCAACGCUGCCUCUCCUGAUGCAUCUGCGAUUGUGGAAGACGAAGUUAGUUUAGAAGCUACGACGCCGAACCCUGAGACCACUGAAGAAACCAUCGAAGAACCUGCCAAAGAAGACCCUGAAGAACGGUCUCUCGAGGCAGUCGAAGCGACUGUGCCGCAGUCCGAAUCUGGCGGUGAAACAAAGGUUGAGCCAGCGGAACCUGCCUUGGACGAAACAGUUCCAGAGGUAACAGCUGGAUUAGAUGAGGCUAGCGAGAAAGAAGUUGGGCUAGGCAUUGGAGGAAUAUCCGAAAAUGAUCUAUGCGCCGAGGAUGCCGACGACGAGGAACAACAUAAAUCAGACGUUACUGUUCUGCCAUCAACACAAGAGCCAGAGCAUGAAUCGUCGCGCCCAUCUUCUUCACCAUCCGACACAGAUAAUCACGAUGAAUUACUGCCAGACUCGGCGCGAACCUCCCUAGACGAAGAACCAAAAAGGUCUCGAAACAUUAGAGCUGUAUCCCCGAGCGCGCAGGAGGUAGUCGAACAGUUCGAUGGUUUAGCUGAGUCAGAGGAUAAGAGUGCAGUGGAAGAUGUCAAGCUACCAGAAAAAGCUUCAGCGGAACCGGAUGAUGAAGACGUCGCGGUAAUAAAGCCUGAAAAUUCGGAAGAUGACGAGCUACAGGAGGAUUCCAAUGCUGAGGAGCCAGAUGAUGAUGAGUUUGGAGAUUUUGGAGAUUUUGAAGAGGGUUUGUCGGAUGAUGGCGAGGAACUGGUAAAAAAUCAUGAUUCAAUGAAGGCCCCUAUUUCUUCCGAGUUGGCUACACCGCAUAAUGAACCUUCCGAGAUACGAUCACAGGAAAGACCGUCAGGACCCGUGGAUUUUUCUAUCAAUUUGAGCUCUGUGAAAACUUUGUUUGGAGAGACCGAGGAGAAGAAUGACGAAGCCGUCGAGAAGAUUUUUAUACCUGAUACUCUCAUUGCUGACACAUUUGCUUCCGCUGAUGAACGAAAGAUGUGGUACAGAAUAUCAAGGUACGGCACUAUGCGGAAAUACAACACUGGAGAUGAUGAAAACUAUGUUCGAAUCUCUUGGGCACAAUCAAAAGUCAAGCUAGAUACUCAAAAAAUAGUGGCAAGGUGGAUGGAGGAAGAUCGAAAUAGUGGACAUGUUAGUCUUGGCGGGACAGGCAAAGGCGGUUCUCUUUUUGGUUGGAAUGAUCCAAAUGCACCACCUGUUCCAUUAGCGACAGUGCUUGGCUCGAAACGAAAGAGCCUGAAGCUUGGAGCGAAACAUGAAGCUAAGGAAUUAGUUGAAGUGCCCAAAAAGCUUGCUCGAGACCGAUCGAGAUCUAAGUCUCGUUCAUCAUCAAAGCCAAGAGAGAACAGCUCCACGAAGUCAAUGGAUUCAGGUAUUGAUGUUAAAGCACCACCACAGUCUCCUGCCGUACAAUUUGGAUGGAAUUCCUCGCCAACAGCGCAAACAGCUUCCACUUCUGAUAGGCUUCCCUCAAGUACAGAUACCUUUACGAAGCCUCUCCCUCUCCGGAUGAAUUCUGCUUUUGGAGAUUCACGGCAAUCAGAUUCCCCAUUACGAAGCCCGGCACCAAUGUCUCCAAUUGAACCACAUCCAAACUUUCUCCAAGCGGUUAAGAAACCUAGACCAAUUUCAAUGCCACCGCCAUUUAAGAGUAGUUCAGGCACCAUCUCACUUGCAGCGGUGUCCAAUGCCUCGGAUGGCGAUGACGAUGAAUGGGGCGAAAUGGUUUCCUCGCCUGUUGUCACCGAGACUCCCAAGUUCCACACCCGCGGGUUAAGACAUAAAAAGUCGCUGAGCCUCGGAAAUUCGUUCCCCAACCCCAUUAUUCUUCCAAAUCCUCAGGUUACAAAGCUCCAGUCUGAAUUUGGUCACAAGUCGACAACAAGCCUUGGUGAUACUCUUGGAAACCCUAAAAGUCCUACAGUAUCACAGCCUCCACUAUCAUCUGGUACUAGCAUUUCAUCCCCUAUAUCCUCAAAUCCUUCGUUUGUGGAUCUGUGGUCCACGCCAGAAAGUACUCCAUUGCCAAUACAAUCAACUGCAAUCCAUCCUCCGUCACCGGCAUUAUCAGCCUCAGCAAUCUCUAAUCUUUCGCCCCAGCCUACCUCCCCCUUAUCAUCAAACACAACCUUCACAGAUACCUGGUCUCAACCUCCUCCUAAUAUCUCGUCUGCCUCGGGCUCGCCAACCACAACUACCUGGUCCCAGCCAUCUCUUUCAUCAAUACCACCUGCCCCAAAAAUCAUUCAAGAUCCAUGGGCAUCAGUCGAUUUCUCGUUCUUCGACACACCGACAUCUGCACCCGCCACUACCUCUACAUUCUUAUCCAAACCGAUCACAAAUCAGAGACCGCAAUCUUACGCAGCACCCCCAAUGCCUAAAUCAGUUACUUUUUCUACUCCAUCACCUACAAAUAGGCGCUCACUUCCACCUCCUGUCUAUACAGGUCAUGGUUCGAAAACCAAAUUUGAAAUGGAGCAAGAUGAGAUUGUGAAAAGAAUUGUGGGUGGGUUACCUGAUUUGGGGUAUAUGCUCAGGCGGUGAAGCGUCCAGAUAGCUACACAGAAGUAGCACAGUAAUCCGAGAAAUUGUCGAUUAUGCGCGUAUGAUGAUAUAAUACGGAAGAAACAGAUAUCGCGAUUAAGCUAUUUGCCAACAAAACAAAGCGAGCCAUGAAGAAGUAUAAAAGUAAAAAGUACCGGACGAUAGACGAGGAGUGACAGGAAUGAUUUAAACUUCAACUAACUUUGGAGUUAAGGAAUGGGAUGAUGGGAUUUGACGCGUUUAAUUGCAUAGCUUGCGUGGACGAGGGAUGAAAUGAAGUUUGCUAACCUUACCUCUGUUGGAGUGAUAACUCGUGAUUGGAUUACAAUUAGGAUUAAGAUUAAGAUUUUGUAUGUUGAUGCAUCGGUUUGAAUACAAUCAAUACCUUGCUAGCUAAAUAGCUUGGACAAAUAGAGAAGGAAUUCAGAGAUUUUUUAUUAUUAAAGUCCGAUACGUGAUU